AUGGGUUCCUCCGACAUUCCUGAAAAGAUGGAGCAAGUCACAGCUUCCCUUGGUUCCGAAAAUGAUUCAGCUACCGAUGAGAGCAGCUUAAGAUACGCUGCAUACGCCAACAGAUUCAGAACCAUUUUGUUAGCUUCACACCGUUAUGUUGCGUACACGUCAGAUAUCGGAGAAUCUUUCCGUCCAGUCGCUCAUCCCUUCUUAGUCACUCUUGGUUAUGGUGUUUCCUGGGCUUAUAUUUUGGCUGAUGUCCUGUACGCUGCUUGGACUGCUAAAAUGAAGACAGAAGGAAGAUAUACCCCAGGAUUGAAGCCUUGGAAUUUCCCAUACCCACCACCCAAUCCAAUAGCCGCUAAGAUCCACUCUGACGUCGCUGGAGACAAAUUGGUCGACUCCGACUGGAGAUUGGUCGGAUUGAAGAGAGGUGUUUUCCAAAGUAUCGCCUCAAUGGGUCUCCCAGCCUUCACUAUUCAUUCUGCCGUUAGAUAUUCUUCUCUUUUAUUCAAAAACUCUUCAAUUUCAGCCUUGAAGACCUAUGGUCCCGUGGCGAUCGGUUUGGGUAUUGUCCCGUUGCUUCCGUACGUCUUCGAUGAACCUUGUGAAUUGGCCAUUGAUUAUAUCUUCGACAAAGGUGAAGAAUUCUAUAAGAAGCUGAAUGCGAAACUUGCUUAG